AUGGUAUUAUUUCGGGGCUGGGGUGAGGGUCCAUGGGACAUCAUCAGCGAUGCUCGACUUCCAAGCCUUUCUUCCAAAAUACACCUGAGCUUUUACGGCGAGCCAAUAAACAUGCGUUUGAGCCAAUUGUCUGGCAACUUCACGCUCGAGUCACCGGCCAUCGGUAAAUUGAAAUGGAAACUCGAUGUGUUAACGGGGAGGAACAUGGAGUUGCAGGAUGCUACUGGUCAAAAGCUGGCCAAACUACGACCAGGAAAAUCGGGCGAAAAGGUCUUGGAAAUCCUCGUCUCUCAUGACAGUCGUUUCCUUGAGUUGGUACUGUUAUCAGGGUGGACUGCCAGGACUAUGAACAAGUCGAUGACAGAGGCCACAGGUGAAAUUCUCGGCGCUGUUGUGGGGGCUUAA